AGAAAAGUUGUAUCAUUUGAGUGAAGAGAGAAAAUUAAAGCUAGGAAAAGAAGAGUUCAGAUUGGUAUAAACGUAAGGAAGAGGCCGGUGCAGUGAGGAUAUGGCAGCUCAUGCAAAAAGCAGUAGCCCUUUUAACAAAUUGGCAGGUUUUAUUACUAUAUUGUGUGUGGGGAUAUGCCGCAGCGUGGAGGUUCCAACUACCAUCAUUGAGAGUGCGGUGAGUAAAGGGGCUGUUUGUCUGGACGGAAGCCCCCCAGCAUACCAUCUGAAAGCGGGCAGUGGCGAAGGUGCAAAGAGUUGGCUGGUUUACCUGCAAGGGGCAGGCUGGUGCUUGAACAGCAGCGGCAUAUAUCACACAAAAGAUGAUAACAGUACUGUUCAGAGUUGUGCAGAACGGUCACGUGGCGCCCUUGGUUCUUCCCACGCCAUGAAGUCUUGGGAGUUCAACGAGUUAUUUGACGAUCACCCCAAUGUAAGUUACUUCCAUAACUGGAAUAGAGUCGUCGUGAGGUACUGCGAUGGUGGGUCAUUUGCGGGGGAUGCGGACAAACCCGACCCGGUUACUAACCUGUACUACAGAGGAGCAAGGAUCUUCCGAGCUGUGGUGAAGGAGCUGAUGAGGGCAGAAGGGAUGAGAAAGGGCAGCAACAUUCUUUUGGCGGGGGGAUUGGGAGUGAUGAUACACUGCGAUCGCUUUGUGCGCCUCUUCUACAAGCACAAUGUGAGGGUGAAGUGCCUGGCUGAUAGUUCACUCUUUCUCCGCGUCCAGGAUCCCUUGAGAGCAAAGUUCUUCGACACGGUUUUCAGCACGGUCGUCGCGCUGCACCAUCCACACAAGGCGCUGCCCUCCAAGUGCACCAAGUCCUCAAGCGCGGUGGACUGUUUCUUCCCCAAGACUCUGCUCAAUUAUAUCAAGUCCCCAAUCUUCAUUCUGAAUCCUGCGUUUGAUUCCUUUCAGAUGUAAUGCACGUUCGGGGAGGACUUGUACGAGCAAGUUAAAAACCACACGGUUAGCAAAAGUGAUAUGGCUUUGCUCCAAGACUUCAGGCACCAGAUCAUUGGAGCAUUGCCCCCUGCCGGCCACCGCAAGCGACACCAAUGCAAGAACGGGUAUUUGAUUACGUCCAUCUACGGCCACAGCCUGGGAACAUCUUCUCCACAAGGUUACAAAGGGCCCAUGUUCGCCGACAGGAAUUCUGAACCUUUCGGAAGCGCGCUAUUGGAUUGGUUCUUCGACCGAUCACCUCAUGUGCCGCUCCUCCUCAUAGACCCUGCCGAUCAACCCUUCUAUCAACCCUAUCCGGCCUGCUAGCUGACGAUCGAGCUCGAUCAUUUUAUUUCUUAGUUGUGCGCAGCUUUUUUUUCAAGUAAUUUAAAAGAAUGCCGCUUCAUGUUUCUUUUUUUACUAGUAUUAUUAUUACUAAGGUAGUAAGGUGGGUUUGAUGCACCAAAUUCACCAAAGCCCCUAUCAUAUUUGUUGGAGUUCAAG